CACAAGAAGUAGCUGAAGUCUUUCUAGAUGUAAUGUAAUUCUCUCUGAAUGAUGUUAAAUAACCUGAAGAGGCCUCGCUGCCUCCAUUUUCUGUCCAACAUUUUUAAAAGACGACUGAAUAUAUUUUGAAUUUCAAUAAGUUAACUAGAUGAAUAAAUGAGAUGAAAAAGGUGGAGGAAUCAUUUAGCAAUGCUAGUGCAGCAAAUUCGACGUCAGCAUCCAUAUCAACACCAGGGAAACUCAGCGCUUAUAAUAGACAUUUUGACGGUAGUGGUCGUGGUGCCGGUGCAGGGGAACAACAAUUAGUCUGGUUUGCAAAUAUCCGCAAACCUUUCCUGUUAAACGAUUAUCCACAAGUGACAUUGGCUGAAAAAAUGAAAUCUCGACAAUGUCUGAACCCAAUGGCAGCGACUAGUGGCGGUGGUGGAACAACAAUUCAUGAGAAAAUUAAAGAAUACGAGCAAAUUCUACCGAAUCCAACAAAAGAUGAUAUGACUGAAACAGCUUCGACACUGAUGAGUAAUAAACCGAUGGUUGGUUUUUUUACAGGCUAUCAUCAUCAACAUGGUAGAAUUAAUCAGGGGAAUAGUAGGGGAUUUUUGAAAACUAUACCCAGGGUUAAAAAAUCAAAACAAGUAUUAACGCAUAGUGUAAAUUUUGAAAAGUGUAUCAAGUCGUUGUUAACUGGAAAUUUCUCAUCCUCAUCAUCACCAUCGUCAUCUUCAGCAGCGGGAUCGCGUUUCGAUAAUAGAAUACAUCAAACUCAGAAAUUCUCAAUUCAUCAUUCUGGUUCAUCAAGAAAAGAUACCGAAGUUGAUCAUAUCGGCUUAUCGUAUUCGUCAUUGAGUAUACCGUCAAGUUUUUGGUUAACAACAACGACAACAACAGAGAGUGAUGGAACGGAUACUUUUGAAUCCACUACUGCCGGUGCUGAGGCUUCGAAAAAGUCUGGCCAUCAUCACCAUCAUUACCAUCAUCAUCAUCAUGAGAAAAAGCCAACUGAUGGAUUCCAAAAUGAAGUAUCAGACAGCGGUAAACCGCAAGGUAGAAAUAUUCUUGUAACAAAUAAAAUUAUCCCACCACCUCUACCAUUGGGUUACAGUAGUCAUCGUAGUACAAGUGGUUCAUUGCAUGUAACAUAUCCUAAAGAAUUAGCUGCAAACCAAUUUUCACUCAUGGAUGAAACUGAAGAGAAAGUGAAAGAAUAUCGAUUGAGAGGUUUUUCACAACCUUACAUACCUGAUAUGCAUACCUGUCUACCAGGGAUUGAUGUCUUGAAAGUGAAAAUAAGAGAUUAUGAUUUAAAAUUAGAUGCAAAAGUUGACAAUUUAGCUAGAUAUCGUCAUGCCUAUAAAAUUGGUAUAUUAAAUGAUAAAAAGUUGAAGAAUUUUUUUACAAUUAAACGACCUGAUACACUGCCUGACUGCCUACAACGUCUUGUUCGAUUAGGCUCAUUAAGUCAGUUGUCUGCACCACGAGAGAAAGAGAAAAAUGAGCUGGAAGCGUUGCAAAGAGAACGAAAGUAUUGUCGAAUUGUGGUGAAGCGAACUGACACAGCUUUAGAUGAUGUUAGAGAGUUAUGGUUAGAGUCAAGGUAUAUUAUACACGAUCAGUUUAGUUAUUGGUUAAGUGAAGGCAAACCAAAUGAAGCCUAUUCACAUCUGUCAGUGAUGGAAGCUGAAGAACAGAUUAGACAUUAUACAAAAUUGUUAAAAUCCUCUGGCUUGUAUCCAACUUCGAGUAUUCGACAUCAAUGGUUAAAUUUACUGUCAACAUUUAUACAUCAUGAUCAUUUGUUAAAUACCUUGAUGACAACCAUUGAUAUCUGGUUGAAUGGUCUGCUAGAAGGUCUUUUCAAUCCAGAGAGAACUGUACGCGAAGAGACAUGUUAUCUGCUGGCUUAUUUAUUCAUUGAAAGUAGAUUGACACAUUUAUUGGCCAAUUAUACCUCGAUCGAUCUGUGCUAUGAUGUCACAAUGACAGUAUUACGCGCCAUUGAACUCUAUCCAAUAACAUUUAUACACUAUUAUACUCUAUUAGCCUUGAUGAUUGAAGGUUGUCCAGUGCUAAGCAUACUACAGGCUAUUCUUGACAAAUGUCCAUAUACAAAGUGUAUCUUGUUACAACAUUAUUGGCCAAGAUUAAUCUACUAUAUCUUGAAAUUUUGGCCAUUGAAACAAUUCUCAAAUGAUCGUUUGGAAUUAUUUGAAAUCAACGAUUCUUUAGACAAGGGGUAUAUGAAUCCAAUAUCUAAAGUGAAUUCAAAAUUGGCUCAAAGUGAAUUGGGCAAAAGAUUUCUGUUUAUCACAAAACCAAUGACUGUAUGGUUACCACAAUGGUUAAGACCAGAUGGCUAA